AUGAGCUACUACAGAACCUGCAUAAAAUCUAAAAAAUGGACUCUUCACGUGAUAUUUCAUGCUUCUGAUUUAGCUGUAGUGCAGGCGUACCGAGAGUACCAAACUGACAAUGCGCUGCUAGACAUACCAAAGAAUGAACAACUCAAGUUGCUUCAAUUUCGUCGUCAGCUGGCUGAAAGUUUGGUGUUGAGGAAUAAAAUUAUAAUCGGUAAUAGAGGACGGCCCAGUGGCAGUAGCCCAAUACCGCAAAUUAUUUCAAGAAGACCAGGAGAGAUUCGCCCUGUAGCGGAUCUAGCAAAAGACGGUGUUGGGAAUUUUCCUGCACAUGAUAAGGGACUUGGGACACGGUGCAAAAUGGUUGGAUGCAAGAGAGGAACCAGGAUUAAAUGUAUAAAAUGCAAAGUUCAACUUUGCCUUACCAAAGAUAAAAACUGUUUCUUAGCAUUUCGUACGUAA